AUGUUCACAACUAAAGUAAAAACAAAGGCAUUAUCUAAACUAUUUUCACCCUCUGAAGUCACUGACAGAUAGACACAUCAAUCCUUUGACAACACUCACAGGAGAUAGCUGCACAAUUACAAUCAGAAUGCUAACAAUAUUCAUAUUGAUUUCAAGCAGAGGCAUUAGGAUAACUCAAUCAGUGAUAUCCAAGAUAUAAAAGGAAAGUACAACAAAGGAGUAUUUAAGAAUCGAUAUUACAACAACAGUUUCGCUGAUACUAACUAGCAAAGUAUAAUUGCAGAAAAAGAUGAGUAAGGACCAGAAAAUAACACAUAUCAUAGAUUUAUAGUAAAGAACCAUAAGCAUACAGAACGUGAGCCCUAGAACAAGAAGUAGAUUCAGAACUUAAUCAUGUCGCGUAGGUUGUAAAUUCAGUCGCCUGAGACUCAGAGGAAUAAAAACAACUUGUUUAACAAGGAGUUGUAUCGUAACACAGUGGAUGUUACCAACCAGAAAGAUUCAAUUCAUAUAUCGCAGAUUAAUAUUGAUCACCAGAAUGUGUCUCAAGACUCAUUAGACAAUUAGCUCCAUUCUGGAAUGAAUGCCAUUAGCCUCAACAAGAUUAGACCCUAAACAUCUAAGAAUUCAAGCAAGUUCAAUCAUAAAAACCAAAGCAAACUCAUUGAAUUCAUAUAUGACAAGAAAAAAGAAAAGCCAUCUAGAUUUUACUAUCUCUACAAUAGUAACGGCAGUAACAAAUGGAAUGAGUCUAAUUGCAGUGAUGAGAAUUAGACUCAGCCUUAGUUGAAAUAAGAGAUAAGAAGUCUACUUGAUAAGCUUAUUAUCGAAUAAGACAGCGAUAUCAAAGCUUAAAACUAGCUAUUAAAGGAUAUAAUUGCAAAAUAGAGUCAGUAUAUUUUGUUUCUUGAGAAUACAUGCAGUAUGAAAAUAGAUCACAUCAGUGAAACUGUGAUUGAAGACUAGUUACAUAUUCUUGGGUUUAAUGUACGAAAGUAAAUCGAUAAAAUAGAUAGGCUUUAAAAUAACGUGCUCAAGCAAAAUGAAGAAAUCCGAAGAUACAUUUAAUCUACAAAGAACAUGAAAAAAAAGCUUCAGUUUGAUACCUUCGACCUAACUGAUAGGAAACAUAAACCUGAUGAAGAAAUAGUGGAGUUUGCUGGUGAGACUCAAAAAAUGAGGUUUUCGCUGAUAUCAGAAUCAAUAAAUAAUACUAUGGAUUUUUAAGAGGGUAUAAGUGCAAGAGAACCCUAUGAUGAGACAAUCUGCAUUGAGUCUCCUCAUAUUACUCUAAAUCCAAUCGGUGAUCGAAUGGUCAAGCAGUAAGCAAAUAAAAAGUUCAUGAAGUUUAAUGAAAACAAAGGAAUAGUGAAUGUCACCAAUAAUAAUCUAAGUUAAAUAAAUAACAGCCCCAUUAAGGGAAAUCCCAGCUAUAGAUAUGCAAAUACAGGAGGAGGUUUUCAUACAAAUAUGAAAAGUAGUAUGAAAGGCUCAGUCCAGCCAAACAAACAUCAAUUUAAUAGAAUCGAAUCCCUAUUGUGA